CCGACGCGGGCCACUCAGUGGUACGACCAGCUUCUUCGCAGACACCUCGCGCCGCCCAAACUUUCGAAUCGUACUCAGUCUCGAGUUGAAGAUCGCGAGUGCGUCGAAGACAGAUAUACCGAUAACACGACGAAGCGAUAAUAUAUUAUACAGGGUGUUGGUUGAUUAGUGUGCGUCAACGUGCGCGCGAUACGGAUUGGAUAGUUGUGCGUUUGGAUAUAUUUUGGUGGUUGGUAGUUAGUUUCGGUUUUGAGGAUUGCUCGAGAGUUUGGAUUUUCAAAGAUACAUCAAAGCGGCGUGAUGGGAGAGCGAGUGGAACCGGUGGUUCCAGGUCCGGACUUGGUGGGUGUGAACGUGGAAAGGCCGAUGAACAUGGCUCACCAGCAGUCUUCCCUCUGGAACAAACGACAGCAAGCCGUGUGCGUACGGCACGCUUUUAAACAUUACGGCUCAAAGAAGAAUCCAAACCACGUACUUAGCGACCUGAACAUGACCGUAGCCAAAGGAACCAUAUAUGGUCUACUAGGAGCUUCAGGCUGUGGUAAAACGACCCUCCUGUCCUGUAUCGUGGGACGGCGGAGGUUAAACACAGGUGAAAUAUGGGUGUUGGGCGGCAAGCCGGGUACCAGGGGUUCGGGCGUACCAGGUAAACGGGUGGGGUACAUGCCCCAGGAAAUAGCCCUGUAUGGGGAGUUUUCCAUUCGAGAAACGAUGCUGUACUUCGGUUGGAUCUUCGGCAUGAACACCUCGGAGAUCAAGGAGAGGCUGCAGUUUUUACUGAACUUUCUGGAUCUACCUAGUCAAAAUAGGCUGGUAAAAAAUUUAAGUGGAGGCCAACAAAGAAGGGUGUCCUUCGCCGUAGCCUUAAUGCACGAUCCAGAAUUGCUCAUCCUUGAUGAGCCGACAGUUGGAGUGGAUCCUCUACUUAGACAGAGCAUCUGGAAUCACCUGGUUCAAAUAACGAAAGACGGCAACAAGACUGUGAUCAUCACUACGCAUUAUAUUGAAGAAGCUAGGCAAGCACACACAAUUGGUUUAAUGCGCAGUGGCAAAUUCCUCGCCGAAGAAGCUCCUCACGUUCUUUUGUCCAUGUACCGCUGCACAUCUCUGGAAGAAGUAUUUUUAAAAUUGUCCAGGAAACAGGGACAAGUAGGCGGAGCACAAACUGACAAUAACAUUAGCAACAACAUAAGUUUGGCAACAUUGAACUGGCCGAAGAAAGAUUCGAUUUCGGUUACUGAAGAAAGCGGCGUCGUAGGUCUCAACUUCCAUCAAAGUAAAGAAGUACUAGUUCAGGAUUCAAAUGGGCAUUUAGAUUAUGCAGGGAAAUCGUCAUCUGGCAAACCAUGUCUGCAAGAAGCCUGCGAAGACUGCGGUAACUGCAGCGAUUGGACUACCACCGGCAAAAUCAAGGCCCUUCUCCAGAAAAACUUCCUCAGGAUGUGGAGGAACGUCGGAGUGAUGCUGUUCAUCUUCGCGUUGCCAGUGAUGCAAGUCAUUCUGUUCUGUCUGGCCAUCGGAGGUGAUCCGAGGGGCCUUAAAUUGGCCAUUGUUAACGAGGAAGUGGGUUAUACGAAUAUGACUUAUCAAGACUGUCCCUUCGAACUCGGCUGUAAAUUUUCGAAUCUGAGCUGUCGAUAUAUACACGCGGUGAAUACGAGUACGAUAACGAAGGUUUACUAUCCAAGUCUUGAGUCGGCAAAAGCAGCUGUCAAAAGUGGUGAGGCAUGGGGAGCACUACACUUUACGGAAAAUUUCACGGAUGCUUUGGUCGCCAGGAUAGCUUUGGGAAAAGACAGCGAUGAAGAAACGCUCGACCAAAGUGAAAUACGAGUUCACUUGGAUAUGUCAAAUCAACAAAUCGGUAUCAUUCUACAAAGAGACCUUCAGCUAACGUACCAAAACUUUACCAAGGACCUUUUACGAGAUUGCGACCAAAACGAGGAACUUGCGGAAGUACCGAUUUCAUUCAAGAAACCUAUUUACGGUUCCAAUCAACCGUCGUUUACCGAUUUUGUUGCACCUGGAGUUAUUUUAACGAUUGUAUUCUUCUUGGCUGUCGCUCUGACGUCUUCAGCGCUGAUCAUAGAAAGAAUGGAAGGAUUGUUGGACCGAUCUUGGGUUGCAGGUGUAACUCCAGGAGAAAUCCUCUUCUCCCACGUGGUCACCCAGUUCGUCGUGAUGUGCGGCCAAACCACCUUGGUCCUCAUAUUCAUGAUCCUCGUCUUCAAGGUCGAGUGUCAAGGCGACAUCGUCGUCGUCGUCAUCCUCACCAUCCUCCAAGGCCUGUGCGGCAUGUGCUUCGGUUUCGUCAUUUCCGCCGUUUGCGAACUGGAAAGGAACGCCAUCCAGCUGGCACUGGGCAGUUUCUACCCCACGCUGUUACUUAGCGGCGUCAUCUGGCCCAUAGAGGGCAUGCCCACAGUGUUGCGUUACAUCUCCACGUUCUUACCUCUGACGUUAGCCACGACAUCGCUCAGGGCAAUGAUGACGAGAGGUUGGUCGUUUUUGGAACCGGAUGUUUACUACGGAUUCCUUUCUACGAUCGUCUGGAUAGUGCUAUUCUUGACUAUCAGCUUGAUAGUGCUACGAAUAAAAAGAGGCUGAACGAACAACGAAAUAAUGCAAUAGAAAUAGAUAACUUAAUAAUAGUAGAUCAAUCUAUGGUAAACCUGUGUUUUCUGUGACUGAAGACACACAUGAGUGGACAUUCUUAAAACUUACUUAAAUCUUUUAGCGGCUUUCUCUGAAAUAAGAAAUAGCUAGGCUACACCUAAUCGUCAAUCAUCUACAGAUAUUUUUUCUUUGUCUAUAAUAUAUAGUUUAUCUAUUAAUUGAUAAUGAAGUAAAUGUAAUAGAAGUAGAAGAUAAAAACGGCAAUUUCAAAAUCAAAUAUAUCAGAUAUUGAUUCUGCAGUUCAUAAGUAUCGAAAUAUAAUUUUAAUAGACUAUAUAAAAUAUAGUCACUUAUAUUAUUUAAUAUUAAAAGUUAAUUAAUUACGUAAAAUUAAUUGCAAAAAGUAUAAUACACCCAAAUUAAUGAAUUAAUGGAACACAAAAAAAUGUUCAUAAGAACCAUUCUGAACUGCUUAAAGCACAGGUUUACCAAAUCAAUGUACAUUUACUCGAAUUCAAAAAUUCCCAAAUUUUACACUAUAAUAGUGUUUGUUUCGGUUUACAUAGUCAUUUUGUUUUAAUUUAUAAUACACCUUGCCUUUUUUCUCUUGUUAGGUACUUAAUGUAUAGUAACUUUAGUCGUCGUAGGUUAGAAUUUAUUUGUUAAUUUUUUAUACAAUUUCAAAUAGACAAAUAGAGAGAGCCAGAUUGAAAGAGAAUGAGAGGGACAAAGACUAAAACAAAUAUAUUUCUUCUUGUUUCUUUCUAUGUAUUCUCUAUAACAGUACCAAUUUUCUGUAUUUUCCAUUGGUGCAAUAAUAUGGAAAGUUAUAUAAACUCUCUCUAGUAAUUAAGAUCAUUUUAAAAAUGACAAUCUUAUUUUUAAGUGUACUCGAGCUCAAAUAGUAGUUGUAUAUUGUUAUAAAAUGUGGUUUGUGAUGUAUGUUUGUUACGAAAUUAUGUAAACAAUAAAUUUUUAACUAAA